AUGCCGCGACGAUAUCAGAACGCCCUCAACUUGGCGAAUGCCCAGCGAAAGAGCAAGGCCAAUGAAUCCGAUGACGAGAUCGAUUUCGGCGAGGAUCAACAGGAUGAAGUCUAUCUGCGAAGGACCCUGGAGAACGCACCGCAUUUCUCUUAUCCUGGUGCAAACACCGGCAUGCUGGGCCAAAUGCUCCACGACCAGGACGAGGACAUGGCGCAGGAUUUUCCCAGCUGCCUGGUGACGGUGCCACUGCCUCUGUUCGUGGCCCCAGAUGGGCAGACUCCCCGCGUGGAUAGCUGCGUGGUGAGACCCCAUGCCUACGAGGAAUGGACGCGGCAAUUGCAAUUCCACAAGACUCAAUACCAAAGGCGAACCAAGAGCAUGAAGCAGCGGGAGCAAAAGCAUUCCCAAAAGGUCUACGAUGUCAGCCUGUUCGAGAUGGCCGAGCACAUUGCCCGCCAGGAUAACCCCUCGUUCCGGCACAGCUACGAUUACUACUACACUGGGGGAAACCUCAGCACGAUUCCUUUUCAAGGAGGCGGCCAUAUGGCCCUGCAUGUCAGCGGUAAUGGCCUCAGGGAUCUGCACUUUUCCCAGAUUAAAGGCGAAGCGGAGCUGUGGGAACCAGUGCAUUCGGCUAAAAUUGAAGCAGCCUCCAGCGAAAUCUUUCAACUGCUCCCGCUUGAAAGGUUAGAUCCGAUUCCCAACCAUAAAUUCCUGGCACGCUGCCUCAACGAGGUCUUCCUGUACGAACUGAAGCGAGGCGGGAAGCUGGAAUCCGAAGACUACGAACUGAUUUGCCACAGCACGUUCAGCAGUCGGGAAGCUCCAUUUAUAAGCGCCUCUCAAUCACUGGGCAAUGCCAAUCACUUGGCUUUGGCCUGCCAGGAUCGCUCCUUGCGCUUCGUGGACAUUCUGACGCAACAGGAUAUAGCCAAGCAUAACAUUUGCCUGCUCAAGGGACUGAAGCAGAACACCUGCAACUGGGCACAGCUAAUGCCAGCGGAUGGGAGCACCUUUCACUAUCUUUCGCAGCCCGUUCUGCUCACCGUGGAUGUGCGAUGCGAUCAGCCACUAAAUCCCUGCUUCGCCAGCAAUGUUCACUCAAAGGCAUGCGAAGGUUUCUCCUGCAUGGCCAAAAGUAUGAAUCCCAACCUUCUGUACGUGGCCAGUAAUCACAAACUGCACUGCUUGGACACGAGGUGUUUGGGUAAGAAGCUGACCGAUCGUUCGGUGGUCACCUGGACACAUCAGAUGACCUAUCCGCCCAGUUUUGUGGACACCUGCGCCUACCAGGACAGUGAAUAUGUUGCAAUAGCUGGAGUUUUACCCAGCGAUCUGCGUGUUUGUGAGCUGAAGGGAUGUAAGGCGAGGAGUGUGGAUGAAAUGUUCUCACCAGCAAUUCCCUUUUCUCCGCCCACCUUGGAGGAAGCUUUAGUAGACGCUCGUUUGAGGGGUUUUGUGAAUGUCUACGCUGAUCUUACGGAAAGGGUAAAGACCUGCCUCACAGGACUGCGUUUCAAUCGAUUGGAAGCGGCAAGUGAUAACGCUUUUGCCCAGCUUUUAAGUGCCAACAGCUUGGGAGAUGUUUACUGCCAAAGGCUAACGCUUAGAGACGAAGAGGAGCACGUCCAGGAGAUAAGAACCGGUCUCCAUACCACGGAAGCCAUCCGUUACUGUGCCAGUAUCAUCCAGGAGCGCGUCCAACGUCAGAGCCUUCGCUGCACCGAAGUCCAGGCCAUACCGGAAAUUAGAGACAUUUUUCAAGAAGCCGCCAAAAGAUCGAAACCCGAGGAAAAACCUUUGAUAGUAGAAGAAAUCGAAAUUGACUAUGGAAUAGAAGAUUCAGAUGUUCCAGAGGAGGAAAAAGAAAGCUCAGAAAAGCCAGCCGAUAAACCAAUAAAAACCGAAGGUAAAACUAAGAAGAAAUCCAAGAAGAAAACCAAGGAGAAACCAAAACAGUCAACCAAAAAGAAAACUCCCGGCAAAACAAAUAUCAAAAAAGACAAGGGCAUAAACCGUGGAUCGUGGCAAAAGUCCGCUUACCAGAUGUCUCACUACACGGAUUGGUUGACUCGCAGUUUGAUAGAUGUGUGGGAUAUGGAGGAGUACGAUUUCACUCGAGACGUUAGCAGGGAAAUGUUCCAGGAGCGCUUGCAGGAUAAGCAAAUGGAGCCGGAGAAACGAAUGGCCAAUUGGUUGGACCAACUGCCCAGCCAGCCAGAGGUGUCCAGGGAAGACGAGGCGACGGAGGGAAAUCCCGACCUGGUGCCGGGAACGAAUCUUCGCAAGCUAUAUGGCGCCACCACGGCUGACUACUCAGAGGUUCCAAUCCUCGAGAGCAAUGAGCACAUUAAGGAGCAAUUAAUCACACCCAAAAAAGAACCGCCUGUCAACUUUAGGCACGAGCAUUCUCUUCUGCUGCCCGGACAGAAUACUAUUAUCGAGGGUGAUCCUAAUCCCAGGCCAGCUAAGAGACCCAAGACCAAGCACGUCAUGGGUUUCUAGUUAGUCAGCUUAAGUUUGAUUUCUAUUUUUGAUACUAAAGUUUAAUUAAGUUUCUUUAUAGCUUGACAAAUAUACAGCUUUAAAAAGU